AUGUCCCUACCAGCUGUUAGUCAAUCACAAACAGACACCAGAAUCGGGGAUGUUCCUGGUAGGGCCUCGAAUGGAGGUGACAACAAUGGCCGGGCGAGCAGUCCCGUUGACACCACGCACUUCGGUCUAUUCAAUGACGAGGUUCAAGAAGAGAUGCAGCUGCUGCGAGACAGCAUAUUUGAGGCUGACAAUGCAAUGAAUGCUUUGUCGAAGACUUUUGGUAGAUACGGAAAAAUCGUCAAAACCGUAGGAGAACGUUAUGGCAAUGACCAGAUGCUCGAGGAAAAGGUCCAGGAAUUGGUGGCUGCAAAUAGCAGGAUAUGGAGGGAUAUGAAAGAGCAGAAGGAUUCUCACAAGGAGCAGGUAAUUGAGCUGAAGAGAAGACAUGAGGAGCAACUCGCUGGACUACGAAAGCAGGCGGACGCCGGGCAACAGGAGAAGAGAAGGUACGAGGACAUGGGACAGAGGCUGAAAGAUCAACACGAGAAAGCCAAACAAAAAAUGGCAAAAGACCUGAAGAGCAAAGAGCUGCAAUUGGAAAGUGACAAUGCAGAGAAAAUUGCGACUUUGCAGAGUGACAAGACGGCGGUGGAGAAUGCGAACAGCAAGCUUAAACAGGAUCUAGAAAAAAGGACCCUGGAGCGUGACCAUGAGAGGGAAGCUCAUGAAGCGAUGCAGUACAAGGCAAGGACGGACCUGAAGAAGCUGGAACAAGCCCUGGCCGACAUCAAGGGCAAAUAUGAAAUGGAUCUGCGACCGUCACGCUUUUACGUGGAACGGUUUAACAGCCUUUUCGAUCGGGUGGGCCAAAUUGCCUCGUCGUACUUCACAGAGCUUCCCGAAAAAGCGCUGGAUGACCCAGUCAAUACCUCUGUCAGAUUAGCAAAGCCCGACCACAGCAGAUUUUCCCAGGUCCCAAUUGCUGAUUCUGAGUGUUCACGAGUCCUUCGACUGGCCAACGUUCAGCACGUCAUCUUUAAGGCUAUUUUUGCCUCGGUGUGGAAACCAUUUUUCUCUGUGUAUCUGAGGAAGCAGAAACGAGACGACUCAACCCUCCCGGAGAUACAUGAGCGUCUACUUACGGAUGGCCACGAGGUCCAGCGACAUUGGAAAGUAUCCACGCUCAAAGCCUUGGAUCGGCUCGAUGCUGACGCAGAUGUGGGACAUCUUACUGAGGGAGUGAUUGAUCAGGAAAUUGUUGCUCGACUGCAACCUUUGCUGGACGACAACCAGGUCGAUCGAUUUAUGACCGAAAUGAAGAGCGUUUUCUGCACUGCGACCCAGCUCGGUAAGAUAGCACGGAAUGAUCAAUCACCAGUGUGUCUUGAAACGAGUCCUUUCGUGAGCGAUCGUGAUGGUUGGAAGGAAUAUUGGACGGAGCUGGAUCAGAUCACAGAUACGAUCGACCAGUCUCCCACUUCUACAACCACAGAUAUACGUCUGGAGCCACUCUUCGUGAGUCCUAAGAUAUACCGUCAUCGUGGGAAGACUGGGCAAACAGCGACAGCGACCGAGACAACGACAAUCGCAGCAGGAGUUGGCGAGUCGGAGGUAGAGAUCAUCCAGCCAGGAUGUGCUCUUUUUCCUGACACAGGAAUCUUCCAGUUAGGAGCCUCGGACUGGCAGAAAAUCCGAGACAGGGUCAAGGAAGUCGCCAGGAAUAUCAACGGUCCAGCGAGACGGCCAAGCAAGAGCAUUAGUGUGACGGGCACCGGGACCGCGCCAACAUCGCCGAUAGCGCCGUCGAAGAAGUGGACUCGUGAAGGGAUUCCCGACCUCGACUAG